AUGGAGAAUACCUGGAUCCUCACCUUUCACCUUCUCCUCCUCCUGCUCCGUUCAAAUGCAGCAGAAGGGGCCAUUAGUGUGGGUGUUGGUGGAAGAGGUGGCAUAAGUGUUGGCAUUGGUAUUGGCAAUGGGGGCAGUGGUGGUAACACCCCAGGACCCUCUGGAUCCUCAGUGCCAAACCUCAACAAUGCUUUUACAGCCCUCCAGGCAUUGAAAUCUGCAAUCAUUGAUGACCCUUCGAAGAUUUUGGACACUUGGGUUGGUCCCGAUGUGUGUUCCUACAAAGGUGUCUUCUGUUCUAAUUCUCGGGAUGACAAUGGAAUUGCCACAACAGCAGCAACUGAGUCUUCUGUUGUUGCCGGAAUAGAUCUCAACCAUGCAAAUCUCCAAGGGACUCUUGUCAAAGAGCUCUCUUUGCUCUCUGAUAUCACUCUUUUCCAUCUCAACAGUAACAGGUUUUCUGGCUCAGUUCCAGACACAUUCAGAGACCUCACUUCCCUCCAAGAGUUGGACCUCAGCAACAACCAACUCUCAGGCCCUUUUCCCAUGGCCACUCUAUCCAUGCCAAGCCUCAUCUACUUGGACCUCAGAUACAACAACUUCUCAGGGCAAAUUCCAGAUGAUCUCUUCAACAAGAAACUCGAUGCAAUAUUCCUCAACAACAACAAUUUUGAAGGUGAAAUUCCAGAGAAUCUGGGAAAUUCACCUGCCUCGGUGAUCAACUUGGCCAACAACAAGUUGAGUGGAAGCAUCCCUUUUAGCUUUGGCUUCAUGAGUUCAAGACUAAAGGAGAUUCUCUUCCUUAACAACCAGUUAACAGGUUGCAUUCCCCAAGGAGUAGGGAUCUUCACUGAGAUGCAAGUGUUGGAUGUGAGCUUCAACUCUCUUAUGGGCCAUUUGCCUGACACAAUGAGUUGCUUGCAGGAUAUAGAGGUUCUCAAUUUGGCACAUAACAAGCUCUCAGGGGAGUUAUCAGAUGUGGUGUGCUCUUUGAGAAGCCUACUAAAUCUAACAGUUGCUUACAAUUUCUUCUCAGGGCUGAGCCAGGAAUGUUCAAGGCUAUUCAAUGUGGGGUUUGAUUUCUCUGAUAACUGUAUCCCUGGCCGGAACAUGCAGAGACCACAACCAGAGUGUUCUGUGAUCCCUGGUGGUAGUCUCAAUUGUCUUAGAAUCCCUGCUCCAAAACCUCUUGUGUGUGCUACUCUGUCUGCAACUUUGUCUAAGCACACAAACUCACGUUCCUCUUCUCCCUGA